GGAAAAACCCUGCUACGUCUGCGCGGCAUUACUUUAAGAGCAAGAGGCUCAAUCUCAACACGUGCAGAGUCACUCCUGAAGUGUUCAUUCAAACCAUCAUCCUCUGAGGCUUAAUCAUGGCUGGCGAGGUACCGCGGAAUCAGGACUGCACCUUUGUCGCACCGCUGGCACAGCCCACCAGGGGCGCCGGUGGUGUCUCCAGCCUCAUCUUCUCCACGCACAUCGCCGCCUCGCCCGAGAAGUGUCUCGAGAUCGUUCUCGAUUCGUCCGCGUAUCCCACAUGGAACAAGUUGGUGCGCCAGGCCACGGUAGAGAAGCAAUCGCCAGCUACUGCAACCGAUCUUGGCGACUCCCUUGGCUUCCUCCUCGCAUCGGGGAAGCAGGACAUGCUUCUUCCUGGCGCGGACUUCGUGUUCAACGCCUAUUUAGACCCGGACAGCGAUAGCUUCAGGUCGACGCGUCUCGAAGUGACCGUGCUCAAGGAAAUUGUCCACGAGGGCCGAAAGGGCUUUCGCGUGUCGUGGGCCAUGACUGAGGGCACCUGGUUGCAGCACGUCGAGCGCACACAGGACUUCGUGGAGGCGCCUGGGGGAGGCACCGAUUAUUAUAACAUGGAGACGUUCUAUGGACCAGUCUCCUAUCUCAUCAAACCAAUCGUCGGGACGAAAUUGUUGAAGGCAUUAGGUUUGUGGAAGGACGGACUCAAAGCAGAGGCAGAGAGGCAGUGCAAGGAGGAAACAACAAAGGUUUCCAAGUAAUUCGGUUCUGCAAACCACGCGACUCAUACAGAUUCCAGUCCGCAUGGGUCCUUUCUCUACCCUGCCGUGUUUCGAUGAUUCACUACUCGAAUGCAAUGGCUUCCCGCUUC